UCACAGGAUACUUCGCCAUGGGUUGGAAAGCUGCUGAGAAACUCAUCAGACACUGGAAGAUACUUCGUGGGGAUAAUGUAAUGAUAAUCCGUGGGAAAGAUAAGGGUGAGACUGGAACCAUCAAGCGUGUCAUCAGAUCCCAGAAUCGCGUCAUUGUUGAAGGAAAGAAUCUGAUCAAGAAGCAUAUAAAGGGAGGCCCUGAUCAUGAAGGUGGGAUUUUCACGGUAGAGGCUCCUCUUCACGCCUCAAAUGUCCAAGUUGUUGAUCCAGUCACUGGGAGGCCUUGUAAGGUUGGUGUGAAGUAUUUAGAGGAUGGUACAAAAGUAAGAGUUGCCAGAGGCACAGGCACAUCUGGUUCCAUAAUUCCUCGUCCAGAGAUUCUGAAGAUUAGGACUACACCAAGACCCACUACCGCUGGACCUAAGGACACACCAAUGGAGUUUGUUUGGGAGCAGACAUAUGAUGCGAAAACAGGAAAGGGCAUGCCUGAUCUUUGAGUCACUCACCUUUACAGCUUCUUUCCAAAAAAGUUGUUGUUGCUCCCAAAAGAUUAUCCUAUGUUCCCACCCAUUACAGUUAGUUCAGGGUCAAAAUCUGUGAGAUGGGGUUUUUGUCGAAGAAGGAUCCUCUGACGAAAUGAAGUUUCAUUCUUGUUUCAUUACUCUUGUGAACUUUUCUAGUUGCCAAAUAAAACCAUUGGGAGGAAGAUUCACCAGUA